AUGAAAUACGAAAUGCUUACGUUUGUUAUUCUAUUUGUAUUGAUUCCAUCGGUAAUAAGCUUAGAAUGUUAUUUUUGUAAUUCAAAUGACGAUGAAAAUUGUGCAAGUGACAAUAUACCUGAUGGAUAUAAACAUCAUUGUAAUGUGACUUCUGAACCUUAUUGUCGAAAAAUUGCUCAAACAAUUGAUAACAUAAAAAGUGUUGUACGAACAUGUGGUACAAAAUCUGGAUCAAAAUCAUGCUAUAAAACAGCCGGAAAGAAUACGGCGAGCGUUUGUUCAUGUAAUACUAAUUAUUGUAAUAAUGCAAUAAGUUUCAAUCAACAACAACAAAAAGUUAUGACCAUGAUUUCAUCGAUUAUUAUUCUUGCAAUCACAAUGAUUUUUCUUCGUUAA